CUCCCGGGCUUUGUGCGCUUCUUAUUCUUCGGGAUGCAUGGUUUUCUGGAUGAGGUGCUUUUCACCUCUGUGUUUAACCUGGUGGAGAAGUCUGACCGGACCCUCAGUGGUCACACGUCCCUGUGGUCUUUCCUGAUGUACGGCAGCUGCAGCUUCGUGGUGGAGAAGCUCUACCUUCACCUGCACUUCAGCAGAGGCUGGGGGACGUGCCGGAGGCUCCCCAUCUACAUCUGCUUCAUCUACACCUGGGAGUUCUCCUGGGGUCUGGUCCUGAGGCAGUUUGACGCCUGCUCCUGGGACUACUCUCAUUAUCCCCACAACUUCAUGGGACUCAUCACCCUCCUCUACUUGCCAGGCUGGGUCUGCCUCAGUCUGUAUCAGGACGUGCUGUCCAACGUCCUGCUGAGAAUUAAGUGCACCAAAGAAGUGAACGGUUUGAGUGAUGGGAAUGGGGAGGUCAAUGGACAGCUGGAGUCAAAGAAAAAACGACUUUAAUUCUUCUUUUUGAGGUUUAACUUCUAGGGAAAGUCUGGCUCACAUUAGACUAAUGAAGAAACAACCAGGCGUUA